CACGUCACCACCUUUUUUCCAUUCGUUUUCAAUUUCAUGGUUUCGUCGUCCUCCUCUGACGCCGAACAGUGCCUGCACUCACUCUGAGCCCGAACGAGGAAGAGAGAGAAAGUGAAAAAAAGCGCAAAAACACGAACCAUAAAGAGAGAGAGAGAGAGAGAAAACCAAUACGAACAACGUUCCUCAUGGAAAGCGUGGCGCAUUCUCGGCACCCAAACAAGGCUCCCGUCACGCUUUCCAAGAAAAUCACCAACGGCACAGGAAACGCCGCCGAAACUCUCUACGACCACGUAUACGGCGCCGCGCCGAAGUUCGCCGCCGGCCACUCCCUCUCGCCGCGCUUCGAGGACUACGGCGAGAUUUUCGCCAGCUUCCACGCGCCGCGCGCCUCCGCCAUUCCGCUGCUGGAUCUUCCGGCGCUCGACGCCGGCGAGGUCUUCUUCGACUUCCGGAACGCCGCUUGCGACUACUCCGAGAUUUUCCGCGGCUUCGACGGCCUCGACUUUUGGCUCUCCUACGAGGACUUGUUUCGCCACGGUGCCUCCGAAGAAGAGGAGGAUGAAGAAGAAGCCUGGACACCGGUGGAAACCGAUUCAUUCUCUGAAGAGUUAGAUCAUUUUGGAAAUAAUCUAGGCAUAUCAAGUGGAGAUCAUUUGCGGGCUUUUGAUGGAAGUACAGAGUUCAACAUUUCAUAUCAUAAGGUCAAUGAUACAAGUAAUGAAGAUAUGUCAAAGGCAAAAAGUCAUAUAAGUCAGCUGCCUGCUGCUCCUGAAGUCACUCAUGUAUUUGAUGAAACCACACGCUUUCAUUGGACUGAUCCUUCCUUACAGGUCGUUGAUGAUGUUGACCUUGAUAUGGAAUUUAAUGCAAGCCAGGCAAAGAGAAACAAUCCGAGAAAGGCGGUGUCACAUGGUGAACAGGUUUUUGGUAGUGAUCUUGAUCUGCAUGAUGGUUGCAACAAAAAUGGUUCUCAUUCCAGUGAGAUGUUUGUUACUGUAUCCGACAUCAGCCUCAGAACUCUACCCUCUCAUGUGCCACCCCCUUCCCGGGCACCCCCUGUGUUAGAUGCAAAACAGGGGUACACUAGUGGAUUUCAUUCAAAUGAUGAGAAGGUUGAUUCUGAUGAGACUGUAGGUGACACUUCACCACCUUUCCUUGAUGUGGAGGUUGAUACGAAUACACCUGCUGCUGCUAUCAAAGAAGUCAUGCAUAGACCUGAAGCAAAACUCAGGAGUUCCAAAGAAUUGAAGGAGAGAAAGAAGGGGGCUUUCGAAAGCAAUGUAAAUUCAACUUAUGAUGUAAAUAAUAAUGAUGCAAAGAGGAAUGUGAAUAUAACAAAAUUUAAUGGUUUGAAUGAUGAGGAAAUGAAGGCAACUUGUGAUCAGAGAAUUGGAAAAAAGAAAAUUUCUGCAACAGAUGAAACGCAAAAAACUACGAAGGCUGCACCAGAAACUCUGGAAUUGUUUGAGGGCGAAAGACUUCUAAACGUGUUUGAAGAAAAGCACAUCAAGGAAUCUAGGUCAUCUCAAGAAUCAGAUAGAAGUACUGGAGUUGGGCUGUGGAAAGAAGCAACUGAAUUUUUUGAAUUGGUGGGAACAGAAGAAUCUGGGAAGUUAAUUCCGUCCAUAAAUCAUAAUCAUACUAAGAGUUUGGUACAAGAUACCAGGACACAUGAGUGUGGCAAGAAAGAAAGAGAAGCAUUUAACAUUCAAGAAGAAUACAAAAAGGUUAAAGAAAUUGUAGAAGGUUAUCAGCUGGAGGAAUGCAAGAAGAAAUCUAAAGCAGGAAAUGGGGCCUACGAACAGGGAAAGAACAUUAGGAAAUCUAAAUCAUCUAAUGAGGAAUUCAGGCAGAGAGAGCAUGUGAAGAACGACGAAAUGGCCGAAAUAUUUGAGCCAGAAAAGAGUGAGAAGGCAAAGAUGGCCCGCCUGCAUGGGAAAACUGAAAAGAAAGUAACUAAAGCUGAUCAAUCAGGAAGCUUAAAAGACAUGUCUGAGACACAACGCAAGGAUCUUAAACGAGUGGAGAGUGAGAAAUCGAAAGAGGUUGAUAGACAAAUGCUUAGUGAAGUUCAGUGGAAGACAAAGCAUAUGGAAAAUGAGAAAAAACUAAAAGAGGAUGAACAGAAACAACUGAGUAUGAAAAGGAUCAAGCAGUCUCAGAAGAUGAAAGAAAAUGGAAAAAUUCAAAGAGAUGCUUAUGCUCUUGGAGUUGGAGCUGCACAGGGUGAGCAAAGGGUCAAAGAUUAUGUGAAGUUGGAAAAAUUUGAACGAUCAAAUGAGGUCUUUAAUCUGGAUAACCCUGAGGUAAAUAUGACUUGCAAAAGAGAAAAUGUAAUCAUCCUUGAACAUGCUAAACAAAUUGAGGACAAGAAGGGACUGCAAGAGGCAUGUGAAAACGAAGAAAUUGAGAAAAGCUUCAAAGGUUCUUUUAAAUUGGAAGUAAAUGAUGAGGGUUUAAAGCCUGCUUUUGAGCAGCUGGAGAAUGAAAAGGGACUUAAACAGUACUUUGAACUGGAAAUGAAUGAGAAAAGAACUAAAAUGGCUUUUGAGCGGGGGGAAAAUGAAGCAUGUAAAAGAGGUCAAGGUAAGGAGGAAAUCAGUGGGACUUGUGAUGGGUAUAGAAAAGGAAAUAGACUAAAAGAUGUGGGUUCUAGCAUAGGGGUUCAGGAAGUUCUGAAACCAGCUUCAGAGCUAGAAAUGAAUAGUGGAAAUGAGAACCAGAGGAAGAAAGAGAUUGAGAGCCCAGCUGACCAAACAUUUGACAGGGAAGGAAUUGUGGAUAUAUCAUGUGAGGAUGAUCAUUCCAAGCAAUCUGAGAGGAUACUCAAAGAUGCUGACAAGAAUGGAAAAGACAAGGGAUUGGACAAAGCUUUGGAACAAAUGGAAGGUAACGGAGAAGGGAUAUACAUGAAUUUUGCAAAAGAAAACAAUGAGGCAUGGAAAACAGAGAGUGAUAAAAAUCUUCUGGCAGCUCACUCAUCCUUCAUACAUGAAGAAAAUGUUGGAAAACUGCAGGUAUGUCAAGAACCUAUUGCUGACCAAGAAAUUGGAAGGACAGGAACUGACUGCAACGUUGAUGAAAAGAAAUUGGAAGAGGUAUGGGUGGAAAAUUUAAAGGACGAUGGGAAAAAAGGAGCUUCUAUAAUGUUCCGAGGAGAAGCAGAGCCUUCAGGAAUACAGUCAGGAAAGGUGGCUUGCACUGCAACAAAAGCCGAUGAGCUUAGUUUUAGUAGUGAACAGACAUGCACUGAGAAAACUAAGUCAGCCUCUCAAAUGGAAUUUGAUACUCAAAGUCAAGAGAGGAAAAUUGCUCGUGAAUGGCAUGAGAGGGGAACGACCAAACAGCAUGCGAAUGCUGCACCAAACCCUGAAGAAAGCAGGGACCAAAUAUCAUCAAGCCAAGCUGACCAGAGUGGCAAUUACAGAAGGAACAGAGUUGCUGAUGAACCUUCUACAGUGCAAGAGGUGGUAAAUAUCCAGAAAAUUUCUCAAAGGGCUCACGCUCAUGUAGCACAUUCCAAUAAAAGCAAAGAGAAAGGUCUUGAUGAAACUUCUGCCUCAGUGGAGAAAGAUGUGGAGAGGAUAAGAAGAGAAAGAGAGUUGGAAAAAGAUCGUCUCAGGAAGAUAGAGGAGGAAAUGGAGAGAGAAAGGGAAAGACAGAAAGACAGAAUGGCUGUUGACAGAGCAAUGCUGGAGGCCGAGAGGGAAAGGGAAAGAGAAAAGGAUAGGAUGGCUGUUGAUAAAACAACUUUGGAGGCUCGUGAUAGAGCAUAUGCUGAAGCUCGUGAGAGAGCAGAAAGGGCUGCAUUUGAGAGAGAAACUGCAGAAGCUCGACAAAGAGUACUGGCUGAGGCUAGAGAAAGACUUGAAAAGGCAUGUGCUGAGGCCAGGGACAAAACAUAUGCUGAUAAGGCAGCUACAGAAGCCAGAUUGAAAGCAGAGCGUACUGCUGUAGAAAGAGCAACUGCAGAGGCUCGAGAGCGUGCAAUGGAAAAAGUAAAGGUUGAGAGGGCUGCAUUUGAGUCCAGAGAGCGAUUAGCGAGAUCUGUCUCUGACAAAUUUAGUGUUUCUUUCAGAAGUGAUGGAAGACAGGGCUCAUCAUCCUCCGAUAUGCUGGAUCCACAUUGUCAGAACUAUAGCUCCGCCACUCAUUCCAGAUAUCCAUAUUCCUCAGUUUAUGGUGCUUCCUCUUUUACUGAAAGAUCAGAACGAGAAGGUGAAUCAGCUCAGAGGUGUAGAGCUAGAUUGGAGAGGCAUCAACGAACAGCUGAGCGUGCAGCAAAAGCUUUGGAAGAAAAGAACAUGCGCGACCGCAUUGCUCAAAAGGAGCAAGCUGAAAGAAAUAGGUUAGCUGAGACCCUUGAUACUGAAGUGAGGAGGUGGUCAAGUGGAAAAGAAGGAAACUUGCGCGCAUUACUUUCAACCUUGCAAUAUAUUCUUGGGCCUGAUAGUGGGUGGCAGCCAAUCCCACUCACGGAUGUCAUUACUUCUGCUGCUGUAAAGAGAGCUUACAGAAAGGCCACCCUUUGCGUGCAUCCUGACAAAUUACAGCAACGUGGAGCAAGUAUUCAACACAAAUAUAUAUGUGAAAAAGUCUUUGAUCUCCUAAAGGAAGCUUGGAACAAAUUCAACUCAGAAGAGCGAUAGCACACCCUGUUCUGUUUUUGAACAUGUCCCAUUGCUAAAGAGCAGUUCCCUUACCUAGCGAUGUGGGAUCCUGAGGUCGGAUACCUCAUUAUUUUAUCAUUGUCCACGUUUUGUAAUAUUAUUUAUCCCUAAAUAUUUACAUGUAAAAAAUAUUCAUCCUACGUGAAGCAAAAAUGAAAGAGUAAAUAGAUAUACCAACAGGCAUAUAGAAGAGGCUUGCAUUUA